ACAGCACAAUUGCGAUCCCUUACAGAUACGAGAUUCCCAAUUUCUGAUUCAUAUUGACAAUGGCUUUCUCACUGCCUUCUGUGCCAGUGAAGCAUUCCAAUUUCGUGCAGUAUAUUCAAUCGCAUCCAGAGACACCAAUUGAGGAUCUCGUCAAGCCCUACAAUGACUUUGAUGCAUCGGCGCGAAAGAUCUUUGCUCAAAAUCCAUCACACACCUUGGUAAAGGAUAAUCAUGCUAAUGUCGUCCCUCUUUUCGAUGCCACCACAGGCUCUACAGACAUUCGUAUUCGGGCACGAGAUCUGGAUUCUGAGACCCCUGAGCAGAAGGAAAAGUAUAUUCUACCCAUCCCAGAGGAAAAACGCAGACUAAACGGCUCACCUGCUGUUGUACCAUUGUUGCCUGAGUUUCAGAACAAUUUUACUCUCUUCACUGAGGGCGCAUUGAGUGAGCUGGACUGGAGCAACGUCGUUGCUGCAGGCAGUGCUGUUGUAACAUCUCUUUUACCCGUGCCAGAGAAGUAUCGCAACUCCAAGCGUGGCCUUCGGCAAUUCUACCACGAGGAAUUUGCUCCUGCGUCAGACGUCGAUUUGUUCUUGUAUGGUUUGACCGAGGAACAAGCUAUUGAGAAGAUCAAACACAUUGAAGACAAGAUCCGUAAUACGAUCUUGUACGAGACGACGACUAUCCGCACGAAGAACACAAUCACCAUUGCCUCACAAUACCCUACAAGACAUGUGCAAAUCGUUCUACGUAUCUACAAAUCGGUAGCUGAAAUUCUUACCGGAUUCGAUGUGGAUUGUUCCUGUGCGGCCUAUGAUGGCCAACAAGUCUAUGCCUCUCCUCGUGCCGUCGCAUCUUAUAUCACGCAGACAAACCAAGUUGAUCUGACACGCCGCUCUCCAUCUUAUGAGAAUCGUCUUUCCAAGUACUCUCACCGUGGAUUUGAAGUGUUCUGGCCCCCACUUGAUAGGUCAAAGGUCGAUCCUACCAUUUUUGAGAGGAGUUUCAUGAGAACUGAGGGUCUGGCACGGCUUCUUGUUCUCGAAAAACUCCCCAAGCCGGGAGAUCGAGACACUUAUCUGAGGAAGAGACGCGAAGAGCGCGGGCGCCCUCCUCUCAGCCUCUACAUGCGACGUCGCCAAGGAAAGGAGUUGCAUGGUAACAUCAAAGAUGAAUGGGAAGACGAAGUUCCUGAAUGGCAAGAAGAAGACCAAAUCUCAGACUAUCAUACCUUUACAAUUCCGUACGGCCGAAGGUUUAAUGCACGUAAGAUUGAGAAGCUACUUUACACAAAAGAUUUGCUUCUCAACGCGCAAUGGAAUCAGAAGAAGGACCGCGAGGUUUAUCUUCACCGCCACCCUGCCUUCUUUGGCGAAGCUGAGCAUGUCAUUGGCGACUGCUGUGGAUUCUGCCCUCAGCCAGUUACCGAAGAAGAGCGAAAGGUGGCCGAGGAAGAGAGCAAGAUCUAUGUCUCUGGAAAGAUCGGCUUUAUCAAGGACGAUCCCGGUCGGCAAGAGAUUGGCAGUUUUAACCCAAUCACCGAGACCGACUGGACAGAAAUGGCGUAUGUUGGUCGCACUGAGUUGCUUUGCCAGGCUAUUGUGUCGCAUGACCUGGAGGCCGUGAAGCAAUUCCUUGACCAAGAGGACUCGGAUACGGACCGCCGAGAUUAUACUGGACGUACUCCUCUGCAACUUGCCUGCAUGUCUUCGACACCGGAGAUUGUUCAAUGUCUUGUGGACCGUGGUGCCAGGCUUAUCGCUCGGAUGGCUGAUGGACAAACGGCGUUGCAUUUGGCUGCUGCCCGUGGCUCCACUGACAUCGUUCGUAUUCUACUGAAGAAGAGCAAUGAGAACGAGGAGGCGGAAAAUCAGAAAAAGGACGACCAGAAGGCCACGCCAAUGGACCUUGAUCGCCCGGAAGACGAGGAAGAAGAUGAUGAAGACGACAAGGAUGAUGCUUCGCACACGUCUGCAUCGUAUGUCAAGGUGGACAAAGAGAGCGGCGACGAAAUGUCGCCCACCUUCGACACUAUUGAAGAGAACGACCAGGAGCCAGACAUUUACGAUAUCAAUGUGACGGCAUGGGACAAUCUUGCGUCGCCACUGCAUCUUGCCAUUCUUCAUGGCCAUGUGGAAACCGUCAAGGAGCUUGUUACAUCCUUUGGAGCCGAUGUGUUGAUGCCAAUCAAGAUCACGGAUGACUACAGCAAGCGACCUAAAGCUGCAAUCUUGACGGUGGUCUUGGUGCUCGCUUUACCCCUGGAUAAAGCGAGAGAGAUGUCACAAACCCUUUUGAAACUUGGUGCUUCUCCAGCUCAGGGCGAUACUUCUCAAUACACCGCUCUUCACUAUAUCGCACAAUCCAAAUACAGUGAACUACUUGACGUUUACCAAGAGCAUGACGGACCAGCUAUGCAACGGGCAAUCAAUCACAUGGUAGUCCAAGGGUACUGGUACAGCGACUACACUUUCACCUCUGCAUUGGUGAAUGCGUUAUGUGCCAAGAAUCCUGCUGGGGCAAAGAAGCUACUCGAUAUGGGCGCGAAGCCUAACAUAGAGCUAGCUGAUUGCUUGAAAGCCUUGAAAUCACAGAUGCCUGAUGCUAUGCUUCAUGGUGGAGAGCAAAAGCUCGCGGGCAAGACCCCGAAGCAGCCCCUCAUUUUUGCUAUUGAAAACGAUCUACCGUUGAUGGCUAUUGACCUCUUGGAACGUGGCGUUGACCCGAACACCGAACAUGAACUAAGACGUGACUUUAAUGAAACGGCACUGGACUGUACGAGGCGGUGCGUGGAAGAGUUAGAAAAGUCGUUGAAGAAUGAACAUCUAACCCACCGCCGCUAUGGGAUCACCGAUCCCGUCAUUUUCGAGCAGGAAGAGGGCUCUUAUCUGGCUGACUUCCAAGAGGGGACGUACAAGAUGUUUGCAGCAAAGGGUCUGCUGAAGAAGGCGAAGGAACUUAACAAAUGGGCCGAAGAGUACGAAGAAAAGCAGAAGAAAGAGGCAUACGAAGAGAAGCCCGGUGAUGCCGAGAAGCGGGAGGCUGUCACGGAGCUGAUUAAGAAGUAUGAGCUGCUCACGGCGGACUUGAUGUCAAGAGAUGCAAAGACCUGGCAGGAGCUUCACCCAGGAGAGACACAGGAUCCCGGAUUCCGCCAAAACCGGAGAAUCCAGCAGAAGCCGAAUCCCAAGAAGACGUUCAAGAUUGAAUUCUUCAAUUCAGCUGCGGGUCUUUCUGAUGUCGCACGUGAAGGAUACGAGAAACUGUUUGAGGCUGCAUGGAAUGGCGAUCUCGACACUAUCAAGUCUAUCACCCUUUGCAUGUGGGGACCAGCCGAGGAUCAGCUACCCCUGCAGAUGUCCGAAGCCGAUGCUUUGGGGCUGACGUGUCUGCACAUCUCAAUUUUGCGGGGCCAUCUGCGUGUUGCCAAGACCAUAUUGCAGAUCAUCCAGGUCCAGUACAAGGUCAAGGAGCCAAAAGCUCGGCAGCACUUUGAGAUAGAUCUCGACACGGACGGUGAAUCUGAUGACGAGGGUCUCAAUAUUGUCGGCCAUCUCGUGGAUGAGCAGUUCACUUACGAGAAUGUUGGCGAAGUGGCCAGUCGAGUCGAGAGCGAAGUCUCGCCGCGUAAUGCCCUGGAGCGAGGAUUGCCGCUGUCCCUUUUCUUGGACGAAGAACUUCCUAAAGAGGACACCUUCCGAUUGGUGGGGAUGAAUCAUUGGGGGGGCGCUUCUGUCUUGAAAGUCAACACCCUUUUCAAAUAUGCCAUUUUCAAGAACGAUCUCCCUCUUUUGGACUGGCUCUUGAAGGCUGGCCAUGAGUGCGCCAGCAGUGAUCCUGCUGGCAAGACGGCAUUCACCCUUGGCCAAGGGGAGCUCCAGCUUGCGAUGAUCCUGGGUCACACUGAAUGUCUUGGCAUGCUCAUCCAAAGCACUGCCGUCGGCCUUCCUUUGCUCAAGAUGAGCAAAGAUUCUGGGAUUGACGCUAAGGAAGAGCCCGAGUAUUAUCAGGGCCUGUCCAUCCGCGGCCAGAAGCGCAAAGAUUGGGCGGAUGCUGGGCGGCCAGAUAACAACAACUUUGGCCAAGGCAGCGAUGCUGGCCGUUCACCCGUUCUUAUCUCUGCCUUACAGGGCAGCAUGACCAGCACUGAGUGGCUUCUCGGCACCGCCUCCAGUCGUUACUACUUGGAGUAUGUCAAUUCGCACCUGGAGGAUGAGAACGUGCAGAGAGUGUCACAGUCUGAGCUUGGCCUCGAGGCGUCUGUGUUAAACUGGCUACAAACCCGAAACAACCUUGUGCUGCAUUGCGCCGUGAUGUCUCGCCCUUGCGAGGAAUCAGAACGACUGGUUCAGUAUUUGGUCGAUCAUCACCCCGAAUGCCUCGAAGUGAAGUCGUCCGAGGGACACACUCCUCUCGCGCUGGCGAUCUCCCUCCACCGAUUGAGUUUUGCGCGCAUCUUGAUCAAAGCUGGAGCCAACCAGGCCGCUCGCGAUAUCAAAGGGUGUAACCUCCUGCACUUGGCACUGUGUUCUCUGUCGGGCAGCAUUGCCAGACAUGCAGACAAGAUCUCUCAAUUGAUCGAUCUCAUGGAUAAGGAGCAGGUCUCGCACAUGCUCAAUCAACGUGCCGGUGAGGGCUCACGGACGCCAUUUGCACGCUGGCUACACAAGUACCCCGACUUCGACUUCUCCGUCGAAACUCAGCCCAAGGUCCCUGAUCUGCCCUCGGACCAGGAAUCCACUCGCUCAAUCACUAAGCUGUUCCUGAAUCUGGGAAAUUCCACCAAUCAAAAGUUCCUGGAACUCCUCGAUGGUGCCGGAAACACGCCCGUGCAUGAGUGUGUCAAGCGGGGUUUAUCUCAAGUCCUGGAAAUGAUUCUCGACCACCGACCCGAUCUUCUCUACCGAGAGAAUGCUACGGGUAGCACGCCACUCGACAUGGCAGUAGAUGCAUGGGUGAAUGAGACAACUCGCACCGUCCCGAAGGUUGCUUUUUCAACGGGUCACUCGCCUCAAUUGCCUCAAUGGCAUAACCUCGCUGGGCGUCGAACGGAGUGGUUCAUUAAGAACAAGGACUGGAGAACCAAGGCACAGAUGAUGGUCGAGGUCUGUCAGAAGCGGGCGCAGCAGAGUUUGCAGAAGAGAAAACUCGUGUCUCUCUUCGAGGCCAAUGAAGUUGCUAAACAGUUGGCUUCGAAGGAAAAGUCUGGCGGGGAUGAUGAAAAUCGCCGGUAUGGUCGGAAUAGAUAUCGGAGAGAGCAACGGGAAGACGCGGCGGACGAGAAGCUUGAUGAAGUUGCUCUGUGGGGAGGAUGGGCUUCGCAGUGGAAGUGAUCACUCCUUUGAGACGUAUUCACUGAGAUUGUGAGAAUAUAUGGGACUAGUAUAAGGACAAUGAGGAAGAACUGUUAGGAUAACAUGAAUGAGAGCGGGUUUGUCACUAGUUAGUCGAAUUAUCCGGGCAAAGGAUUAAUAGUGAAUGGAAUUAGCCGAUUCGAUGAUGACUACCGGGAUGACAACAAACACGGCAUCCUCAGCCCAGCAGGCCUUGAUAGCCAGGGCUGUCUUUGGUAUGACAAAAGACUUGCUUGACUC